CAGCCGAACGGGCCGGGCGGGCUGCAUAGAACCUUGUGCUUCCGCGCUCCAGGGUCGGUGGGGCUUCGUGGCGCUUUGCGGAGUUUCGCUCACUCUUUCACCUCGCCUGUUCUGUCUCACGGAGUCCGGCUUGGCCUGCGUUUCUGUCGGAGUCCAAGGAAAGGUGAAGAACAGAUGUCAUCAUGUCUGGAAUCAAGCGGACGCUCAAAGAAACUGACCCUGACUAUGAAGAUGUAUCUGUGGCCCUUCCAAACAAGCGGCAUAAAGCGAUUGAGAGUUCAGCUCGAGACGCUGCUGUACAGAAGAUUGAGACUAUUAUCAAGGAACAGUUUGCGCUUGAAAUGAAGAAUAAGGAACAUGAAAUUGCAGUCAUUGACCAGCGACUGAUUGAGGCAAGAAGGAUGAUGGAUAAACUUCGCGCCUGUAUUGUAGCGAACUACUACGCUUCUGCGGGACUUCUAAAAGUUUCUGAGGGAUCAAAAACAUGUGAUACAAUGGUUUUUAAUCAUCCUGCUAUCAAGAAAUUUUUGGAAUCACCAUCCAGGUCAUCAUCUCCUGCCAAUCAGAGAUCAGAAACGCCAUCAGCCAAUCAUUCUGAAAGUGAUUCUUUAUCUCAGCACAAUGACUUCUUAUCCGACAAAGACAAUAACAGCAAUAUGGAUAUAGAGGAAAGACUCUCAAACAGCGUGGAACAGAAACCAAGUCGAAAUACUGGAAGGGACACUUCUAGUGUUUCUGGCUCCCAUAAAACAGAGCAGCGGAAUGCUGAUCUUACAGGAGAUGAGACUUCACGACUUUUUGUAAAGAAAACAAUAGUAGUGGGCAAUGUGUCCAAGUAUAUACCUCCCGAUAAAAGAGAAGAAAAUGACCAGUCAACCCACAAAUGGAUGGUGUAUGUCCGAGGGUCUCGUAGAGAACCCAGCAUUAAUCAUUUUGUCAAGAAAGUUUGGUUCUUCCUUCAUCCCAGCUAUAAACCCAAUGACCUUGUGGAAGUUAGAGAGCCUCCUUUUCAUCUGACCAGAAGAGGCUGGGGUGAAUUUCCUGUCAGAGUUCAAGUUCACUUUAAGGACAGCCAGAACAAGCGGAUAGAUAUCAUACAUAAUCUGAAGCUGGAUAGAACUUACACUGGCUUACAGACUCUUGGAGCAGAGACGGUAGUGGACGUGGAGCUGCACCGGCACUCCCUCGGAGAAGACUCCACUUACCCUCAGUCCUCCGAGUCGGAUGCCUCUGAUGCACCACCAUCUUUGCCUUUGACCAUUCCAGCCCCAGUGAAGGCUUCCUCGCCAAUAAAGCAGUCUCGUGAGCCAGGACCUGAUACCUCUGUGGAGAAAGCAGGAUUCCCAGCCAAUACUGAAACUGAGAGACACACUACAUUUUAUUCUUUGCCAUCUUCAUUGGAACGAACACCCACCAAAAUGACAACAUCCCAGAAGGUUAUGUUUUGUUCUCAUGGCAAUUCAGCUUUUCAGCCAAUAGCAUCAAGCUGCAAAAUCGUGCCACCGAGUCAGGCUCCUAAUCCUGAGUCACCUGGGAAAUCCUUCCAGCCCAUCACCAUGAGCUGCAAGAUUGUUUCAGGUUCCCCUAUAUCAACACCAAGUCCGUCACCAUUGCCUCGAACCCCAACUUCCACUCCAGUCCAUGUGAAGCAAGGUGCUGCCAGCUCUGUUAUUAGCAAUCCUUACGUUAUCGUGGACAAGCCAGGGCAGGUGCUUGGAGCCGCCACUCCCACUGCAGGAAGUCCUACCAACAAGCUCUCCGCUGCCUCUCAGGCCUCCCAGGAAACAGGUUCCCCUGUUCCUAAAAUUCAUGGAAGUAGCUUCGUAACUUCUACUGUCAAGCAGGAAGAUUCUUUGUUUGCAUCUAUGCCACCUCUUUGCCCAAUUGGGAGUCACCCUAAGGUUCAAAGCCCCAAACCCAUAACUGGAGGACUUGGAGCUUUUACAAAAGUAAUCAUCAAACAGGAACCUGGUGAAGCCUCUCACGUGCCCACAACAGGAGCAGCCAGCCAGUCACCACUCCCUCAGUAUGUGACUGUGAAAGGGGGUCACAUGAUAGCUGUGUCCCCUCAAAAACAGGUCAUAACUGCUGGAGAAGGGACUGCCCAGUCACCAAAGAUUCAGCCCUCCAAGGUCGUUGGGGUGCCCGUCGGGUCCACUUUACCUUCAACAGUGAAACAGGCUGUGGCCAUCAGUGGCGGCCAGAUCCUUGUAGCCAAGGCCAGCUCUUCCGUCGCCAAAGCAGUUGGUCCAAAGCAAGUUGUGACCCAAGGAGUUGCCAAAGCAAUUGUGAGUGGAGGCGGAGGAACCAUUGUCGCUCAGCCGGUGCAGACCUUAACCAAGGCUCAGGUCACUGCUGCUGGCCCUCAGAAGAGUGGACCGCAGGGUUCAGUGAUGGCAACAUUGCAGCUACCAGCCACCAAUUUGGCCAACCUGGCGAAUCUGCCACCUGGCACAAAACUCUACCUCACAACGAACAGCAAGAACCCUUCCGGAAAAGGGAAACUGCUGCUCAUCCCUCAAGGAGCCAUCCUGCGAGCCACCAGUAAUGCUAACCUACAGUCCGGCUCCGCUGCCAGUGGAGGUGGCGGUGGUGCAGGAGGAGCUGGCGGAGGCGGCGGCGGUGCAGGAGGAGGAACGGCGGGAACCCAGAGCCCCGCUGGGCCUGGAGGGAUAGCUCAGCACUUGACUUACACGUCCUACAUCCUCAAGCAGACCCCUCAGGGUACGUUUUUAGUCGGCCAGCCGUCUCCCCAGACAUCUGGAAAGCAGCUGACCACAGGGUCAGUGGUCCAGGGAGCACUGGGAGUCAGCACGGCUUCUGCACAAGGACAGCAGACAUUGAAAGUCAUCUCUGGACAGAAAACCGCUUUGUUUACCCAGGCAGCCCCUGCAGGACAGGCAUCUCUAAUGAAAAUAUCCGAUGGUACAGUGAAGUCUGUGCCAGCCACUUCACAGCUCUCGAAGCCCGGAACCACGAUGCUGAGAGUCGCAGGAGGGGUGAUCACAGCGGCCACUUCUGCAGCAGUGGCCGUCUCAGCAAAUGGUCCUGCACAGCAGUCCGAAGGAACAGCUCCCAGUUCAUCAUCAACUAUAGGUUCCAUAAUGAAAACUUCUGGGCAGCAGCCAGUGUGUGUGAGCCAGGCCACCGUGGGGACCUGCAAGGCUGCUGCUCCCUCUGUCAUCGGUGCCACGUCCCUUAUGUCCACACCAAACCCCAUCUCUGGAAAAGCUACAGUGUCAGGAUUGUUAAAGAUUCACUCCAGUCAGUCCAGUCCCCAGCAGGCUGUGCUGACGAUCCCCAGCCAGCUCAAACCACUCAGUGUAACUGCAUCUGGAGGUGUGCAGACCAUACUGAUGCCCGUGAAUAAGGUGGUUCAGUCAUUGUCUGCCAACAAAUCACCUACCAUUCUGCCUGUAGCUGCCCCAGCUCCAGUUGUCUCCAGCUCUGCGCCAACACCUGUUACCAAAGAGAGGAGAAGGAUGGGAGAUGGAGAAGGAGAGAAACAUCAACGUGUGGUUGCCUCUUGCAUACCCCCUGACCCCCACCCAGUGAAAACCGAACCAGAAACACCUGGACCAACCUGUCUCUCGCAGGAGGGUCAGACAGCAGUGAAGACAGAAGAAAGUUCUGAGCUGGGAAACUAUGUUAUUAAGAUCGACCAUUUGGAGACCAUCCAGCAACUCCUGACAGCGGUGGUGAAGAAGAUCCCAUUGAUCACCACGAAGAGUGAAGACGCCAGCUGUUUCUCCGCCAAGUCCCUGGAGCAGUACUGCAGCUGGAACAUCGGAAAGCGGAGGGCUGCCGAGUGGCAAAGAGCAAUGACGAUGAGAAAAGUUUUACAAGAAAUACUGGAGAAGAACCCAAGAUUUCACCACCUGGCACCCCUUAAAACCAAGCACAUUGCUCACUGGUGUCGCUGCCACGGCUACACCCCACCUGACCCUGAGAGCUUGAGGAGCGACGGGGACUCUAUCGAGGACGUGCUGACCCAGAUCGACAGUGAGCCGGAGUGCCUGUCAUCGUUGUCUUCGGCCGACAACCUCUGCCGGAAGCUGGAGGACCUCCAGCAGUUCCAGAAGAAGGAGCCGGAGAACGAAGAGGAGGUGGAUGUCCUCAACCUCUCAGAGCCAGUGCAGACAAACAUCAAAAAAGAACAGGAGGAGAAGCAGGAAGAGAUGAAACUGUACCUGCCACCAACACCAGGAUCGGAAUUCAUUGGUGACAUCACCCAGAAGAUUGGGAUCGCCCUGCAGCCCGUGGCGCUUCACAAGGACGUGUACGCGUCGGUGGUGGAGGACAUGAUUUUGAAGGCCACAGAACAGCUGGUGAGCGACGUCCUGAGACAAGCGCUGGCGGUCGGUUACCAGGCGGCGCCCCACAACAGGAUUCCCAAAGAAAUUACAGUGAGUAAUAUCCACCAGGCCAUCUGCAACAUUCCUUUCCUGGACUUCCUCACAAACAAACACAUGGGGUUACUGAAUGAAGAUCAGUGAGCGGCAGGAAGGUGCCCCUGGAAGAGCAGGACCUGGAGCUGUAUCCAGAACUCCAAACCGUGGUCUCUUCUGUGGGAGCCAGGGGCGGUUUUUUGUGCCUCCGAGCGUCCCGGCUGCCUGCCCGUUCAUUGCCUCCACCUGACUCAGUGUGUCUACCAGAGUGUCCAUUCCGGGGUCAGAUGCCUUCGGGACAGAGGCUCCUGACUGCAGAGUGAAGCCACGGGUGCGUGCUCUGUCAGCUUGCAUUUGUGCACUCAGUGCAGCGCCACAAGAGGCUCCUGAGCUGGGCUGGGCCAUGUGUCUCAGGUUCUUCUCUCCUUGGGGUGUCUUCAUGGGGGCACUUUGGGCCCAAGCUUCCUCCUAGGACGCAGAACAUGAACCCAGCAGGCUAGAGACUUCACUCAUGCCGGGGGCUGGGGUUGCAGGCAGCCCCCGCAGUCGCCCUGGUUACAUCUGGAGAAGGACCAGGCUUCAGCCGGGGCAGGUGGCCGCAGUGUGGGAGUCUGCGCUCAGUCUGCAUGCAUCAAUGGCAGAACGAGGUGACGUGGAAGACAAAGGCCUGGGCGGUUGCAGAUGGAGCAGAACUCUUUUUGCAGAGCAUAGGAGCACUACCACAACCAGUCUCAGAGACGGGGGGGGG